AUGCCUUUCGUAACUUCAUCUGACACGGCUCAUCUCAAGAGGGAGACGAUCUCUCCACGCAAAGCCUAUGGUUUCCUACUGUUCACGGGCAUACUUUCCGUUUACCUCUUGUACAGACUCUAUCGGAAAGCCCUGCCGAAGCCUAUCCCCGGCAUCCCGUAUAACCCAAAAGCCCUCGGCCGAAUCCUCGGUGACCUACCAGAGCUCGCCAGCGAGGUUUUGAAGACGGGCGACCUGGCUACUUGGUUGCAACGUCAGGCGGACCAGCACGACUCGCCAGUAUGCCAGAUCUUCCUUCGUCCCAUGUCGCCACCCGUGGUGAUACUGAGUGACUUCCGCGAGAUGCAGGAUCUCUGCAUGCGGCGGAAGGAAUUCGAUCGCGGACGAAUCAUCAAGAACAUUUUCAAAGGUCCUACGCCGAACCACCAAAUUACUCUGGAACUCGGGGACGAGUGGAAAGCGCAUCGACGACUAUUGCAGGAUCUCAUGUCGCCCCCCUUUCUACAAGACGUCGCGGCACCAGCCAUCUACUCGAACGUGACGAAUCUGAUCGAUCUUUGGCGACACAAGACGCGCAUAGCUGACGGUAGACCAUUUGACGUGUCCGAAGAUAUCUUCUACGCAGCUUUGGAUGCCGUUACAGCCUUUUCGUUUGGUGGCGACUUCCCACACAACGCUACAAAACCUGUAGCAGAUCUUAUUCAAGGUCUCGAUGGCAAAAGAUUGAACGAACUGCGGGCGUCCGGAACCAUUGACGAUCCGAUUGAGUUUCCUACUGUGGAAUGCGACGAGGUCCUAUCGACCAUCCUUGAUGUCACUAUCGCCAUUGAACGUUUACAUGGCUCACCCUGGCCCGUCCUCAAGUGGAAGAUCAUAGAAAAGCUCCCACCGGUCAGCCGAACCAUGAGGCUCAAGAACGAGUUCAUUGUUGGAGAACUCAAUAAGGCGACGUCUAGGCAGCUGGCAAACAGCAACAACGACACAUGGAUGCGGUCGGCAGUGGACCUGAUGGUGCAAAGAGAAAGAAAGAUAGCUCAAGAUGACGGGAGGGUGCCCGACUUCCUUUCGCCUACAAUGAGAGACGAGUUAUUCGGAAUCCUUACUGGAGGCCACGAUACAACCAGCACGACCAUACUAUGGGGCCUCAAGUUGCUAGCAGACCACCCGACGGCUCAGUCGAAACUUCGCACCUGCAUGGAGUCACGAUACCAAGAAGCAUCAAGAGAAGCAAGGACACCUUCAGUAGAGGAAAUCAUGCAAAUCAAAGUUUCCUACCUUGACGCCACGAUGGAGGAGAUUCUUCGUUGCGCCGGCACUGCGCCCCUGGUUGAGCGAGAAGCUCUUUGCGAUACCGUUCUGCUGGGUCAUCCCAUCCCAAAAGGCACUCAGAUCUUUUGUCUCACACAGGGCGCAAGUCUCCGUAAGCCAGCGUAUGCUAUCGAUGAGAUGAGGCGAAACGAAACGUGUCGAAUCGCGGUGAAGAACAAAGGGAGGGUAUCAGAAUGGGAUCCCGCGGACAUCGCUAACUUCAAGCCUGAGCGGUGGCUCACUUCCGGAAGCCCGCCAAACAAUGAUCAAAACACGAACAAGGAACAAUUCGGCGGCGCAUUAACAGACAAUGGUAGUCAAUUGGAGUUUGACUCCACAGCUGGACCUCAAAUUGCCUUUGGCCAAGGCAGACGAAGUUGCUUUGGUAGAAGGCUUGCGUACGUGGAGCUGCGAAUCUUCGUCAGUUUGAUUGUGUGGAACUUUGAAAUACUCAUGUGUCCAGAGGCCAUAUCUGGAUACGAAGGGAGGGAUGUUGUCACGCACAAACCGAUCAAGAACUAUGUUCGAUUGCGAAAUGUUGAGAGAUAG